UCUCCCUCCUCCGCGCUCCGGGCGGCCAGGCCGGGGCGGGGCGGGCGGCCUGGCGGGCGUGGGGUGGGGUGGAGGGGCGGUGAGGAGUCAGGUGCAGCCGCGGCCCGGAAAGUUUCCUUUUAGGCCCGAAUUGGGGGCUGGCCUCCUUUCGGGGAGCCCGGGUCCUAGCGCUCGCGACCCCCGAGGGCGUGGGGGAGAGCACUCGGCUAUUUUGAAACUCUUUGCCAGUUCCUGUCCGUGGAAGACAAUCUGCUUCAUCUUGAUUCUGCAGCAUUCCACACUGUGGUAUCCUUGGGGUUCUCUUAGCAUUGCUAUGGUGCAGAAGAUUUAAAAUCAGCUGAUGUUCACAAGGAAUAGAGUCACGUGAUGUAUGAAGGGAAACAUAUACACUUCUCUGAGGUUGACAAUAAGCCCUUGUGCUCAUAUAGCCCCAAACUGUGCAAGCAGCGGCGACUCAACGGCUACGCUUUCUGUAUCAGACACGUUCUGGAGGACAAGACUGCCCCCUUCAAGCAAUGUGAAUAUGUGGCCAAGUAUAACAGCCAGCGCUGCACCAACCCCAUCCCCAAAUCGGAGGACCGCAGGUACUGCAACAGCCACUUGCAGGUUCUUGGCUUUAUCCCGAAAAAAGAGAGGAAGAAAAAGAAUGAUCCUAUAGAUGAGGUAAAGGUCAGGCACCAGAUGGAUACCAUGGCCUUUAGCCUGACGGUGCCCACGUUGGCCUUGAAGAUGCCCAAUGGACUGGAUGGAAUGUCCCUCUCUCCACCCGGGGCAAGGGUCCCUCUCCACUACCUGGAAACUGAGUUGGAAGACCCAUUUGCUUUCAACGAGGAAGAUGAUGACCUAAAGAAAGGGGCAACUGUGAAAAAGAAGUUGCAGAGCAAGUUGGCCCAGAAUCGGCAGCGCCAGAGAGAGACCGAGAUUUUAAAAGUUCGACAAGAGCACUUUAGUCCCCCUCCUGCACCUUCUCAGCAGCAGCCGCAGCCUCCGCAGCAGCACUCCCACCUGUCACCUUUAUCCACUUUAAAACCUCCAGCGCCACCGCAGGGUUUAGUCUGCAAGUCACCUCAACCUCAGAACACCAGCCUACCAAUGCAGGGAGUGGCCCCCACCACACACACUAUAGCACAAGCAAGGCAGUUGUCUCACAAGAGGCCUCUGCCCCUCCUGCCAUCCAGUAGGGCUCCCGUCGUGGACCCACCCAGGACUGACCAGGUCCUUAUGAAAGCCACAGCCUUCUCUCCACACUUCUCUUGUAUAAGUCGACUGCAGAGACUGGUGAAACUGUGCACCCAAAAACAUCAGUUGGACACUGAUCUGUUUCCCCAUUUAGGGUUGGACUGGUCUGAAGAAAGCGGAGAAGAACCGGAGGACUCAGAGCAGGCCUCGCCAUACCAGGUCGCCUGGUCCAUCCGAGAGACCCUCAGAUACGACAGACACAUGUCGGAUGACGAUGAUACGGAGAGUAGAAGCUCCAGGGUGACCCAACUUUGCACUUACUUUCAGCAGAAAUAUAAGCACCUCUGCCGCCUGGAGCGGGCAGAAUCUCGUCAAAAGAAAUGCCGGCACACGUUUAGGAAAGCCCUGCUGCAGGCAGCCAGUAGAGAACCAGAAUGUACUGGCCAGCUGAUCCAGGAACUGCAGAGAGCUGCAUGCAGUCGAACCAGUCUAAGCCGGACCAAGUUGAAGGAGGUGGAGCCAGCAGCAUGCAGUGGGACCGUGAAGGGCGAGCAGUGCACCAACAAAGCCCUUCCAUUCACCAGACACUGUUUCCAACAUAUCCUCUUGAAUCGCUCUCAGCAACUCUUCUCAAGUUGCACGGCCAAGUUUGCAGAUGGACAGCAGUGUUCUGUGCCCGUUUUUGACAUUACACACCAGACACCUCUGUGUGAAGAACAUGCCAAAAAAAUGGAUAAUUUCUUGAGAGGAGAUAGCUCCCGCAAAGUUCAGCACCAGCAGCAGAGGAAACCCAGGAAAAAAACCAAGCCUCCUGCACUUACCAAAAAACACAAGAAGAAGAGAAGGCGUGGACCUCGUCGACCCCAAAAACCCAUUCCCCCUGCAGUACCCCAAGGGAACCUCAGCAUGCCCGCCAGCGUCUCACUGCCAGUGGAGGCCUCUCAGAUCCGGAGCCCGUCCACGCCAGAGCUGAGUGCUGAUGAGUUACCGGAUGACAUUGCCAAUGAGAUCACUGACAUUCCACACGACUUGGAAUUGAACCAGGAGGACUUCUCAGACGUCCUGCCGCGGCUGCCUGAUGACCUACAAGAUUUUGAUUUUUUUGAAGGAAAGAACGGAGACCUCCUCCCCACCACCGAAGAGGCCGAGGAACUUGAACGGGCCUUGCAGGCCGUGACUUCUCUCGAGUGCCUGAGUACCAUUGGGGUGCUCACCCAGUCAGACGGUGUGCCCGUCCAGGAGUUGUCAGACAGAGGAAUUGGGGUGUUCGCCACAGGGACCGGAGCUUCAGGAAUUCAGUCCUUGAGCCGAGAGGUAAACACGGACCUGGGGGAGCUGUUGAAUGGGCGUAUAGUCCAUGACAACUUUUCUAGUCUAGAGCUGGACGAGAACCUGCUCCGUUCUGCUACCUUGUCUAACCCACCUACACCCCUGGCAGGGCAGAUCCAGGGGCAGUUCUCUGCCCCAGCCAACGUUGGCCUUACUUCUGCCACUCUGAUCAGCCAGAGUGCACUUGGGGAGAGAGCCUUCCCAGGACAGUUUCAUGGACUUCAUGAUGGCAGCCAUGCCUCCCAGAGGCCACAUCCUGCCCAGCUGCUGAGCAAGGCAGACGACCUAAUCACCUCACGACAGCAAUACAGCAGUGAUCAUUCACACUCCUCGCCCCACGGAAGCCAUUAUGAUAGUGAGCACGUGCCGUCUCCCUAUAGUGACCAUAUCACCUCUCCCCACACGACAUCUUACUCGGGUGAUAACAUGGCAGCUACCUUUUCAGCAGAGAUGCCCAUCAUGGCGCAGCACUUGCUCCCAACCCAACUUGAGGUGCCACUUGGAGGCGUCGUCAACCCCAGAACUCACUGGGGCAAUCUCCCUGUCAACCUCGGAGAUCCCUCUCCAUUUAGCAACCUUCUCGGCGCAGAUGGACAUCUUCUUUCCACUUCCCUAUCCACGCCGCCCACCACUUCGAACUCAGAGACCACCCAGCCUGCCUUCGCCACCGUGACCCCCAGCAGCUCCAGUGUGCUCCCGGGGUUACCGCAGACCAGCUUCAGUGGCAUGGGGCCUUCUGCUGAACUCCUGGCCUCCACCUCUCCCAAGCAGCAACUCCCUCAGUUCAGCGCAGCCUUCGGCCACCAGCUGAGUUCUCACAGUGGCAUUCCCAAGGACCUGCAGCCCAGCCACAGCUCUAUAGCCCCUCCCACAGGCUUCACAGUAACAGGUGCCACAGCUACAAGUACCAAUAAUGCAUCUUCUCCCUUUACCUCCCCUAACUGAGCGUGUCUGUGUGUCUGCAGGCAGGUGGGGAACCUGGUGUUUUCUAUCUUUUUUUCCCUCUUUUCUCACCCCUUUCCCCUUUUCCUAAAGAAGAUUUUAAAAACAACAGAUGGGGACUAGAGGAGAACUCCCUUUUCCAGUUAAACGAGUCAGCCUGCGGUGGACCUCGCCUCAGUGUUCACAUGUGCUCCUUCGCACUGGUGCUCAUCCCCUCGCGGCAGGUCCCCUCUCCCCGUGGUCUCCUUAGCGGCUCAGCACAGUGACUGGAGAGAAUCGAUUGUUAGCAGUGAGUCCUAGAAGUGGAAGAUACCUCAGAUUCCCAGUGCCCUUUACUAUUUCCUAGUAUUCAGAUCAACGCUUUCCAUUCUAAUGCCAGGUCUUGACAUAGGUGGGUCUAGAUGGCAGGAGUUCCUGUGUAAGAGAUAGCAAGUGGUGCGGAGAGGCAGACCCACUGCCCGCCACCGCAUGAGGCCAGGAUUCCAUUCCUAAUUGUGAUCAUGUUCAAUUAAAAAGAAAAAAAUGUAGUCUUCUGACUGCCUUUGUGUAUGUGUGCGCCCACGCGUGUGUUUUUGUGCAGGGCAGGAAGCAGCUGUCCCAUUGUUACGUUUUAUUUUUUUUCCCCCUAAUGAGUAGAAGACUUCUCCUUCCCCACAUCUCACCACCCUUCAUAAGAUUGGUCGUUCUUUCCCACUGAGUUAACUGAGUUUCCUGAAUGGAGAGGGCGGUGGUCCGCUGGCGUGAAUAGCGCAGCCCUGUUCUGCUAGGUUAGCCCAGAACACAGGAAGCGGGAGUUCACGGCAGUGCCCUGGAGAUGUUGUGAAAAGCUUGCCUGGAUUGACUGCAGGAUUGCUGCGAUUCUGAGGUCUGGUGGUUGGUUCUAUUGCCUUGUAAGACAUGCAUUUGUUUCUGAAUCCCCUUUCCAUGGAAUAUAUUCGCAAGAUGUAAUUAAAGAAGAUAUUUUGAUGUGGAAAGCAGGAUAGGUCAGAUAGGUUUGGCGAGAUGGGAUCUGUGAACCCCUUGAUCUGUCUUUUGCUUUUGAAUUUUUCAUGUUUACAGUAGUGAUUCUUUGGUAAGAUUUGUAAAAUGUUGAAGACACUUGUAGAAUCAGUGUACCAGUUGUGAAGUGAUGUGUAAUAUCUGAAGGAUAUACAUUUUAAAGUUCUUUUCAAAACAUAAUAUGGAAAUUAGACAAAUUUUACCCACCCUUUGGUACUUUUAGAAUAAUUUAAGUACUUAGGUUUGAGUUUGAGGAAAUUUUUUUUCUUCUUAAAGUACCAGGAUUUUAGGGUUAAAAAUCAUAUUGAAUAGUUUAGUAAGUUGGUGACUAUGAAAUGAAUACGUGAGGUUUCUUUUUACCUGCCUUCUCCCCGCCCCCCCAUCCCCCACCCAAGGGUGGAACUAGAUUUUAAAGGCAUCUGUACUCUGCUUUUGCUGAGAAGUUUCACUGUCCCCUGAGAUACCAUUGGCUAUUUAUACCUGAGUCUAGUCUAAUUUACAUAUAUAUAUUUUAAAAGAUGAGUAGAGAGAACAUAUCUAUUAAUGAUGUGAUAUAAUAAUUCAUUUGUCAGGGAAUAUUUGAUCUUAAUUCCUUUUCAAUAGGUAAAGAUUUGGAUGUAUUUUCCUACUUCCUAUAUGUAUUCUCUUUAUGCCAUGCUAAUUCUAACCAGUCCCUUCUUUUGAAAGCUUUUCUUUCUCUGCUUUUUAAAGGAAUGAUGGUGACCAGCAGGCAUUAUGCAGAUACCACGUGCCUGAGAUUAUGGAGGGGGAAAUGUCACAUGACUGUAUGAAAUCAUUAUAUGCCCUAUUUUGUAUUUAUUGAAGUUUCUUUUUGUGGGCCAAAAAUAUGUUUGUAAUAUAUUAAGUUUUUUUUUAAAUCAUGGUAAUUGAUUGGAAGAUUUAUUUUUUAAUAGCUUUGCCUUUUUUGCAGAUUGAGAAAUUUCUAAAUUAUAAAAUUAUGUCACAAAGCAAAAUUAUAUUUGGUAGCACCAUAAAUUUCUAUUCUGAAUGGUGAGAACAGAUAAUUGAAUAUUUCUCACCUGCGAACCUAUGUUAGUAAGCUUUUUUAUUUUAAUGUACUGUAAUGAAAUGAUUAUGAGUAGUUACCGCUGCUCAAAAGCGUCAUGUAGUUUGCUAAACUCUUUUCACAUCCCAUUACAAUCAUCACGAGAUAACUGUCCAUUCCCAGUGAUUCGGUUUUCAUCUCCGUUGUGUACUAAUUAUAAAGGUUGUCACAGAGCAGCCCGUUGACUUUCUUUGUUACUGAGGAAAAAUUGGUAUAUACACAUUGACUUUCUUAUCAGCUCUUCUUCGACAGCAAAGGGGAAGUCAUGGGAUGUUGAUUUGAACUUUUCUGGCUAUUUGUCCCUCGUGGUAGCUGCUUAAAAUUCUUCAGUUAUCAAAACUGAGUUUGCAGUAAGUUGCACAUUUUAUUGUUUGCAAUUUUCUGUUUUCUGUGCAUUUUAAAGCCCUUUUCUGCUUUCUGAUAAGGAGGCAUGAAAUGAUCAGGAAUGUUGCCAGUUACAGCUUCACACCAAAAACUUUGAGUAAAUUCAUUUUUUUUUUUUGUAGAUGCCCACGACGAUAGCUCAAGAAAGGGCACCAGUAGGAAGUACCAGUGUAGGUCUGCAGAAUUAGCAAAAAAACAAAUCUUUCUUCUCGUUUCACCUGCUUCAAAACAAAUACCCGAGCUUGCAAUUUGCUUUGCUCUUGCUGUUCUCGCGAGUCCCUUUUCGGAAGAGAGGAGAACAUCUGUGAACCCAGAGAUAUCCGUUCUGUUGUUCUUUUAGCUAAUGGAGCAAUUCUAGUCUCUUAGUAGUAGGUUUGCAAUUGAUAAUGUAUAAAGAAAGGAAUGAAGUGUCUUUUACUCCAGAAAUAUGAAAAUCAGUGUCUUUUAAAAUAUCGCUUAUGCUAUAUAUCAAGGCAAUACUGGAAUCAAAAACAAAUGUUAUAUAAGGUUCUAUCUAAUUAGGUGGAUACCAGCUUUCAUGCUAGUGUUAAACUCAUGAGAAAUAGUGGCAAAGAAGGUUCACUCUGUUUCUGCAGUUCUUUGGGACCAUUUAUGAAGGCCAGUUAGAUAGUGUUAAUGUGACCUAAUUUACCUGCUGCAGUUAAUGGAUACAUUCUGUGCUCUGAGAAUCUGAAUUCCAUUCUAAUGUGUAAUAUUCACUGGCUGUGAUCUAUAGCAUCCAAAGGAAAGAUGUGUUUUUCUCCUUUACACUCUCUAUAUAAUUGUUUAUAUUAUUUUAAAGUACUUAAGAUGUUGUUUUUCCUCUGUACAAAUGGCCUAGCAAUUUGCACAUCUGGGUAGAUUUUGUAGUUAGUAAACAAGUCACAAUAGUAAAUAGCAAUUACACUUAACCCACCAAGUGACAGACUAUGCAAUGGAGAAAAUUUUCCAGUUAUCGCCACAUAGCUUGUAUGGCAAAGGAUUAUUUUCUCUAGUGAUCUACCAUGUGAGAUAGAACUGCUUCAUAAAUGACUUCCUGAGCGAUUUCUUGUUGGCAGCCGGUGUGGUCUGUCUCGUGUCCCUCCAAAAAAAGAGUCUAAUUUAAUGA